AUGAUAUAUGGUUCAAUUCAAGAAGACAUAUGGAUUGCCUUUCCUAAGCUGGUGUAUAUGAACUUUUCUUCGAAUCAGUUUCAUGGAACCAUUCCAUCUUCUAUAGGUGAGAUGAAAGGUCUAGAAUGGUUGGACAUGUCUUCCAACGAUCUAUCUGGGCAGCUACCUACAACUUUUUGGAGUGGCUGCUACUCACUGGGAACUCUAAGGCUCUCCAACAACAAACUCCAAGGGAAAUAUUUCCAGAGCAUGCAUCUCACUCGUUUAACUGAGCUACAUCUUGAUGGAAACAACUUCAGUGGGAGUAUUGGAGAGGGAUUGGUUGAAUUCAAAGGAACCUAG